AUGUCCGCCUUCUGCCUGGGCUUGGCCGGCCGCGCUUCAGCACCCGCGGAGCCGGACAGCGCCUGCUGCAUGGAGCUGCCCGCAGCGGCCGCGGACGCAGUCGGGAGUCCAGCCGCCGCCGCCCUCAUCUCCUUCUCCGGGGGCUCCGGGGAGCUGGAACUGGCGUUAGAGGAGGAGCUGGCGCUGCUGGCGGCCGGAGAACGGCCGUCCGACCCCGGGGAGCAUUCUCAGGCCGAGGCCGGGCCUCCGGCCGAGGGGUCCGGACUGCAGCCGCCGCCCGCCCAGGAUCCCGAACUGCUGUCGGUGAUCCGGCAGAAAGAGAAGGAUCUGGUGUUGGCGGCCCGGCUGGGCAAGGCGCUGCUCGAGAGGAACCAGGACAUGAGCCGGCAGUACGAGCAGAUGCACAAGGAGCUGACAGACAAGCUGGAGCACUUAGAACAAGAGAAACACGAACUAAGAAGACGAUUUGAGAACCGAGAAGGGGAAUGGGAAGGGCGCGUGUCAGAGCUGGAGAGUGAUGUGAAACAACUUCAGGAUGAGUUGGAGAGGCAGCAGGUUCAUCUACGGGAAGCAGAUCGAGAAAAAACACGGGCUGUCCAGGAAUUAUCAGAACAGAACCAGAGGUUAUUGGAUCAACUCAGCAGGGCCUCAGAAGUUGAGAGACAGCUCUCCAUGCAAGUCCAUGCCCUCAGAGAAGACUUUCGGGAGAAAAACUCCUCGACUAACCAGCACAUCAUCAGGCUUGAAAGCCUUCAGGCUGAGAUCAAAAUGCUGUCGGAUCGGAAACGGGAGCUAGAGCAUCGUCUCAGUGCCACCUUAGAGGAAAACGACCUGCUCCAGGGGACUGUGGAGGAGCUACAGGACCGGGUGCUGAUCCUGGAGAGGCAAGGCCACGACAAAGACCUCCAGCUGCACCAAAGCCAGCUGGAGCUCCAGGAGGUGCGGCUCUCCUACCGACAGCUGCAGGUGAAGGUGGAGGAGCUCACCGAGGAGAGGAGCCUGCAGAGCUCCGCCGCCACCAGCACGUCCCUCCUGUCCGAGAUCGAACAGAGCAUGGAGGCUGAGGAACUGGAGCAAGAGAGAGAACAGCUGAGACUGCAGCUCUGGGAGGCCUACUGCCAGGUCCGCUAUCUCUGCUCGCACCUCCGGGGGAACGACAGCGCUGACUCGGCCGUCUCCACGGACUCCUCGAUGGAUGAGUCUUCGGAAACCUCAUCUGCCAAGGACGUGCCAGCCGGCAGCUUGCGCACGGCCCUCAGUGAGCUCAAGAGACUGAUACAGAGUAUUGUGGAUGGCAUGGAGCCCACGAGCUCCCGGAGAAUUGAUGAUGACUCCUUAGAAGAACAGAUAAGGCAGACCAGUGAGGACUCAAGAGCCCUAAGGGAACUCAUGGAGGGAGAGAGGGGUAAACUGAGGCAAAGCCUAGAGGAGCUGCAGCAACUCCACAGUCAGGUGACACUGCUGAGUGUGGAGAUGACUGCACUGAAGGAGGAGAGAGACCGACUCAGAGUGACGUCUGAGGACAAGGAACCAAAGGAGCAGCUUCAGAAGGCCAUCAGGGACCGGGAUGAGGCCAUUGCGAAGAAGAAUGCUGUGGAGCUGGAACUUGCCAAGUGCAAGAUGGACAUGAUGUCACUGAACAGCCAGUUGCUGGAUGCCAUUCAGCAGAAACUGAACCUCUCACAGCAGCUUGAGGCGUGGCAGUUUGCUUCCUCAGGGCUUUUUACUAUCUGGCUCCUUUGGUUUCUGAUCUAGUGGCCUUUCUCAGUUCCCGUAUCAACAGCUUUAGUUGUACACCCCUCCUGCCUUUGAGGUGAGAUCGACCCCCCGUCCCACCCACCCCAACCCUGCUGCCGUCGCAGUCCCGCCCCUGCCGCCUUCCUGUGUGUGGCCCACCGUGUUGUGUGUGCCAGCGUCCGGCGUCAUCUCAUGCCGUGUGCCAUGCCGUCAUUUGCAGCUCUUCUCCCAUCACCGCGUCCAGUGAACAUGCAGCUCGUAGGCCAGGACCACCGGGCCGGCCCCUUUUUGACUGGCUAAGCCCUGGUUUCUUGGUGCUCCCUCCUCAUAAAUGGCUGUUUUGCCCACACAAGUACUGGAAGGGGUGGAAUUAUAAGCAGUUCAUGCAUGCGUGUGUACGAAGUUCUAAAGGGAUGCAUUUCGUGGGAUUACAAAAUAUAAAAAAUGCAAUUUGCAAUUGCCAGAAAAAGCAUUGGCACUUCAAAGGGUUUCUGUUUUGAGGACCCUGUGACAUUCCCAACGUACGUAACAGAUUUUACUGAGCAUGUCCUAAGUGCCGGGCACUGGGCCCAAGAUUCGGCAGGGGGACCUCAGGCAGAGAGCAUGCCCCCUAUUUCUGUGAGGAGGAGAGGCGCUGGAAGAAGUUGAGUGUGAAGAAAGAGGAAAGUGGGAGAGCAGGACACGGACAAGGGUAGGGGGCAGGACGUCCACCCUUGCUGCCACCCGGGGCCAGGGUCAGGAAAGUCCCUUUUUUUCACACCGAAACCUGCAGAGAAGUUAGUGUCACACCACGUGGUGACAGUGUGGGUGUGAGUGCAGAAGGUGAUGGACAAGGUGAGGGGGGUGCGCCAGCCCCGCUUCUGCCCGGGCCCUCACUGUCCCAUGCUCCGGCAGGACACGAGCCCGCUGACUCGCCCCAAGGCGUCCCGGAGCCCACUGGGUUUAGGGGUGAAGGGAUCAGGCAAAUGCUUGUUACGUUCCUGCUGAUGUUCACUAGACAGGGCUGUUUGUUUCUAAGCCAGUAGUUUUCAUACUUUGUCGGUGGCAGAAUGCUUGGUCAAGUGGAAUCUUGUGCAGAAUUGUAAUCUAAUAACUAGAAUGGAGAGAGGGUGGAGCUGCUCUGCCCAAAAGCCCCUGGGGGGCGGGGGCGGGGCGGGUAAAAGAUGCUCUAGAUGCUGUGCUGUAAGGCGGUCGAGGUGAGGGGGGCAUUUUCUAGGCAACUUUACCAAACCGGGGAAGGGUGCUGCCCCAGUGAAGAAGCCAAAGAUCUGGGCCUAAGCUGGAGCAGGGCGGGCAGUGAAGAUAGUGAUGCCCGCGGCCUGUGCCACACCUGUGUUGAGCCAUGCCAGCGGAGGGCAGCCGCGUGGGGUCGCCAGUGGGGACGGCGGCAUCUGGGAGCCUGUGUCCUUGCCGCGUGGGGCUGCCAGUGGCAUCUAGGCACCAGUGGUGCGAGCUGGUGUAACCUGAAGGGGGCAAAGGGACAAGAGAAGCCCCCUGAGGCUGACCCUUUGGACUGGAGAGCUGGCGGGCGACAUGAUGCUAGGGCCUUUCAGGAGGGCCUCUCGGGAGGGGUGCCGGAGAGAGACACCCAGCCCCAAGGGCGCGGGAGGCAGGGCAGAGGAGGCCAGUCACAGGCAAGGCCUGGGUAGAGCCAGGGAAGUAGCAGCGUGGGCGCGGGCCUGCCCUGCUCUGGGCUUGGAGUAGGGCCAGACCCGCAGUGGGGCCCGCCAAGCAGCCAAGGCCAGCAGGGAGACGCCCCAGGCCCUGAGGAGGCUGAGGUGUCAGUGGCUCCUGUGCAUCCGGGCAUCAUGUCUACAUUUGCUGUCUUCUUGGUCGAGGCGGCCUGGCUGUGGCCGUUCAGUCAUCUGGUCUCAUCCCAUCCUCCUCCUCCUCCUCCUCAUCAUCUUGCGUCCUUCUGACAUUUGCUCCCUGUCCCCGCCCCUGCCCCCCGCGGCACCAGGUCGGAGCCCUGCUCAGCCCCUUCGCUCUGCCCU